AUGCCUCGGCCGAUAACCGAAUCCUGGAUCCUGAGUUCCAAAGACUCAUCGGGCAGAAACAGCCUGCAGUGGGGCUCAUCUAUACCUUCACGACUCCAGAGUAUCCUGACCAAGACAUGGCACUCUCCACACCUGCGUGCCUUCUUGGGGCCCGACGACUCCUUCAUCAUCUGGCACCCUGAGCUCAUACGUUGGGCCAAUCUGCCACCGAGCCUAGAGGAUGCCGUACAGUCUUGGUUGACACCUUCUGGAUGGCGCGUAGGGCCGCCACGCAUUGUAACAUGGGGUCCUGAAGGUGCAUUCUUCGCUAUGAGUGAGUACGGUGACGUUGUAUACCGUUUAGGCGAUGUAGAUGCCUGGGAAAUUUACAAAGAGACGGUAGAAGAGUGGAAGGCGGAGAAGGGGUUUCUCUGGAGCGACCUGACUUUCAUCACGCUGGAUCCUACCAGCUCUGAUCAAUUCAUCGCAAUUCGGAACGAUGGGACAUGGGCUGGCUCCAUCGAUGAUGUCAACGAGGAAGCACUGGAGACUUUUGCACUCAACUUCUUUGCUCGAGCGAAGAAGAAGUCCAAACCUAGCACAUCCCAGUCGAGCGGGCAGAUGCCAAACGGUACCGACAAGUCUACAGAGGCGAAACCCGACGCCGCGACCCAAGCCCUCUACGAAAAAUGGUCUACAGAAGCGGCAGUCAUGUUCGCAGCCGCAUCAGCAGCAGCCGGAGGCUCGAAACCUAAAGCCCCACGGAAACUCCAAGUUCGUUCCCAGUCCAGUAGCUCAGAUGCCUCUAGACCGCCACUGCACCGCACGCCAUCUGCAUCGCCAAAAUUACUGUCCAUGUUCCCAUACCUGCCUAACACGAUUACGACCUGCAAUCUCACAGCAUGUACGAUUCUCAAAUCUGAACCAGAUAGCAUACACGCCUGCCAACACGACGUAGAAAAACUACUUCGAGCAAGCGGUUUGUAUAGCUACGAGUGGCUACGUCAGGAGCGCUUGCGAUGGCAUCCAGACCGCUUCGGACGGCUAUGCGAUGAAGAAUGGAGAGAAACUGGGAAGAAGCUCGCCGGCGAGAUGUUCAAACUCAUGAGCGUACUGAUAGAAGAUCUCAAAUUGCAUCAAGGCGAAGGCAGCGGUAGUAGGGGUGUAUAG